AUGAUCAAGUGGCCGAAGCAAAUCACGCCGUCUCUUGUCGAGACCCUAAUCCGCUCGGAGAAAGCCCUCGACAAAGCGAUCUCCAUAUUCGACGCCGCCACAUUGGAAUACCCCAACGGCUUCCGCCACGACCCGACCACGUUCGGCCUGAUAAUCCAGCGCCUCCUUAGCGCGAACAAGUUCUUUCCGGCGGAGGACAUGCUCCUCCGGAUGAGGCGGGAGAACUGCGACAUACCCGAAGACGUGUUUCUCUCCAUCUACAGGGCCUACGCCAGGGUGCACAAGCCGCUCGAGGUUGUCAGGAUUUUCCGGGAGAUGAAGGAUUACGGCUGCCAGCCCACGCCGAGAGCCUAUGACGAGGGUAUCCCUGCCAGCGUGGCCUCCCUCAACAUUUUGAUUAAAGCCCUCUGCAAAAGCAAUGGGACUAUGGAGUCUGCUUUCAAGAUUUUCCGUGAGAUGCCCGCUCGAGGGCACACGCCAGAUUCAUACACUUACGGGACUUUGAUAAACGGGCUUUGCCGGGCCGGGAGGACCCUUGAGGCUAAGGAGCUUCUCAUGGAAAUGGAGGAAAAAGGCUGCUCGCCUUCAGUCGUCACCUACAGUUGCCUCAUACACGGCCUUUGCAAGCUUAAUAAACUCGAGGAUGCACUAAAGUUGUUUAAGGAGAUGAAGAGAAAAGGCAUAGAGCCUAACGUGUACACAUACAGCUCUAUUAUCGACGGUCUUUGCAAAAACGGGCAUUCUUCUCAGGCGAUUGAGUUGUUGUAG